UGUAGGCCCUCCCGCUCUUACGAGUCGCGAUGAGACAGAAGACCCUGUGCACCAACUACUAUAUCGACCUCGAUCAACGGAUGCGCAGCAGACAAUAGUGGAUGAAGCUUACAGUGCACAGAGCUCCUACAUGACGCCCCUCACAUCAGAUCAAGGUCUUGCAGCUCGUGGUGCACCUGGAUGGCUCUGCUACCCUUGCAAAACCACACUUGAAAAGACAAAAGACUUCGGCUCCAUCGGUACUUCCGCGUGGAUAAACAACGGAUACGAUAUUCCUGAUAGUCAUGAGCCAAUUAUGUACUGUUGUUGCUGUCGAUAUAUCCUGCGAGCCAGGGAGCUUGCAAAAAGACGCGGACACUACACGGAGCAGGGGCCAUAUGAAGUACCUGUAUCAUUCCACUAUUCUCUAGACGAAUCUGCACUACUGCUCCAUGACGAGGAUACGAACUUGGAAGAUACCGAGGGCGUGCUAGAGACGUUUGAUAUCAAAGCUGACUCACAAAUUCGCACGGUCCGGCGUCAUUGGGCUGAUCUUGAGAUGAUCAAAGGCUGGCUCCUUGACUGCGAGAACAAGCAUGGUGUUGAGUGUAGUAGCCACCGAGAACCGGAGAUUGAUUCCGCACCGCUCUUGCUUCUCGAUGUUCACGGAGACUGUCUAGUCACUGGCAGCUUUAAUGACCGCUACUUUGCUCUGAGUUAUGUCUGGGGUGCAUCAAAGCAGUACCUUACACUGGCUGAGAACUACAAUGAGCUUUGCAAGCCUGGGAGUGUAUCAGCGCAGCCUCUCACUCAAACUAUCAAAGACGCGAUCUCGUUUGUUCGAGAUAUUGGGGAGAGAUAUUUGUGGAUUGACACAAUGUGUAUCAUACAAGACGACUAUCAAAACAAAGCAGCCGCGAUAGCUCAGAUGUGCGCGAUCUAUAGUCGUGCGGUUGCUACUAUCGUGGCGGCUAGUGGGAAUUCGGCUGAUGCCGGGCUGCCUGGAAUUCCGCCAACACCCCGCAAUCAGAUUGCCGCGCCUGUCGCGCCUGGACUUCAAGUGGUAUAUCAUAUGGCCUUGCGACAUAUGAUGACUGGUGUUGAUUACAGCGAAACCGAGAGCGUGUACAGCACACGGGCGUGGACAUUCCAAGAGCGGUUGUUGUCCAGCCGGACUAUCAUCAUCACGAACGAACAAGUCUACUUUCAGUGCAAGGACUCGCUGAGGUCUGAAGCAAAGCGCAUACCCGAUACUAGGGCAUCUGAGCUGUUCACUCUGGAUAAGAUGCGCAACGCCAAAAAAGACCCCUUUUACUCUAGAGACGCGUUCGAAUGGUACGCCAAAAUUGCCUCGGAAUACACUACAAAGCGGAUGGGCUAUCCGAGUGAUAUUCUUAACGCUUUCCGCGGAGUCCAAACUGACCUGCAGAAUACGUUUUUCUGGGCCUUCCACGCAGGCUUGCCUAUCUUGAAACUAGACCAGGCGUUACUCUGGACUCCAACAGGCGAUCUGAGAAGACGGACGGCGGAAACUUCUUUCCCCAGCUGGUGCUGGUCUGGUUGGGUUGGUGGAAUUGGUUACUCAGACAUGCUCCAUCCGGAAGACAACAACAUACCAGAAGACACAUUCAUCCCUACAAAAAAGAAGCCGACCACAGGUAACGUAACAGGUCUAGCUACCAUGAUUAGCUGGGACCUCUUCCAACCUCUAGGCACCCGCACGCUAGAAGAGCCGUACACUGUACUACUGACCUCGGCGACAACAAAGCUCAAUGCCUUCAAUACACAUAAGACGCCAGAGGGGCUCGCAGAUCCAGGAACCAUGAACAUCUUCUCCCGCAACUCAUACUACAUCUCGAAUCAGCAGAACCAACGAUGCGGUCUCCUCAUCGGCGCACCAGUAGACUGUGACCUCACCACCAACACUGCAGAUCUGCUACUUGUCCGCCUCUCACGAUGGAAGACGUUUCACAACCGCAGGACCCACGGGCCGCGGAUUGGCUUUUUCCGGGACGACACGAGUAUGUGGGACGAGAACUUGUUUGACCCUGCAUUCCGCGAUGAUGAGUGGUGCACUUCCAAUGUCAUGCUUGUCCGUCCAGUGGAGACAUGGUGGGAGAGGGUUGCGGUAGGUGUGGUGCACGGGGAUGCGUGGGAAUCUGCGCAACCUGAGUGGAGUGUUGUUGCUGUAAAAUAGAUGGAAUACGUAUGUCCAGAUGGCACGCUUGAGAACCGCCAAGUGGAUUAAUCUGCGUUUAUCAGUUCUGUGAACGCUGUAUUGUC